AUGUCGAACUACGAAGGCGACGCAGAACCAAUCGCCGGAGCCUCCUCGUCCACCUCGACCGCUCUCGGCAAACGAACUCGCAACGAUGACCCAUCCUCCACCACCACCUCCGCUCUCGAUGCGGCGGAUUCUUCCAACCUAUCCCGUCUUUCCCCCGAGCCAGACGAAGAUAUGAACAUGACCGAGGGUAAACACCCUGUCUGGUUGGUGAAAAUUCCUAAAUUUCUUCUUCAAGCUUGGAGUGUUAUCCGAACAGACGACUUGCGGUUGGGUACAGUUAGGGUUUAUGAUCCGGAUCAUACAGGACAUCAACGUAUGGAACUCCUGUUGCCGGAUCCUCCUCAGCCAGCGAUACCUGCGGAGCCGGGCAAGGGGAGAGAUGCGAGAUGGGAAGGAAUUCCAAGGGCAUAUGAUUUGAAGUUGACCGCGGAUAGUGCUGCGACUUUGAAGAGAAAUAUCUAUGCGUUUAGGGAGAAGGUUGAGCAUCUCGACCCCUUGGGUGCAGGCGCCAUCAAGAAGGGAGAGGAGAGUUCCGAAGAGGAUGACCAAGAGGCAGAGGAGGGUGGGAGGAGGAAGAAGAGGGGAAAGACGAGAAGAAUCACUGCUCUCUGUGGGACAAUUACCAACGAAGCUGCACUCCAACCUCAGAUUCGCUCUUCCUCUUCCUCUUCCUCUUCCUCCUCCGCUGACAUCAAACCUGCUCUCAGCGGGAUUGGUAACGCAGCUCCCAUCUCCGACUCUUACCGAGAACUGCUCCGACGCAGACGUGAAGAAGCAUCGAAACCCAAACGCACGAUCAAAAUGCUCGACUCGACCGACACCGGACGACACAAUAUGCUGGUCGCUGGUGUAGGCGGCGGUCUUUCCAACAGCCAAAAGAGCCGUUUCAACGCUGCCAUCUCCUCGAAACCGACAAAGAACUCUGGUGGGGCAGGAGGAGGGGAGAAGUUUGCUAGGAUGCCCAAAAACGAGCUGCUGGAUAUGUUAUUCGCCUUGUUUGAAAGGUGGCAGUAUUGGAGUUUGAAGAAGUUAAGGGCGGAAACGCAACAACCGGAGAGUUACUUGAGGGAAGUAUUGACAGGCAUUGCGGAUUUGCAUAAGAGAGGUCCAUAUGUGGGUAAUUGGAGCUUGAAGCCCGAAUAUAGCAGUGCGCGGAAAGAGGCUGAGGUGAAAGCGCAGAUGGAGGAGCAGCAGGCGAGAGGGGCGAGUAGCAGCCAGAGUGGAGGCAAAGGGAAGCAAGUGAUGGCGAAUGAUGAGGAGGAGGAAGAUUUUGGUGAGAAUGAUGAAAGCAGUAACGACGACGAUGAUGAUGAUGGGCAGGAUUUCGAUCAUGUGUAA